UUUAUAGUUAGAUCAGUACCAGGCAAUUAUUCAGCAGCACAAGAUGGAAUGUUCUUCUAGCUGAUGGUUUCUCUGUUCUAUUCAAGAGUAUCACAAUACCGUUCACGUAUAACCUUUGUUGCUGUGAAUUUCUUUAUACAGAAGCACAGAGGAGUUCACUGAAAAUAUGGCCACAUUACAGAACUUUACAAAGGCUCUGGAAGAUACUUUCAGGAGGACAUUCCUUGAUUACAUGAAUAACUGGCGAAGAAAUACCACAGUUGAAGAAAAUACGUUGCAAGGAAAACUUGAUGCUGAAAACUUAAAUUAUGUCAUUAUGUAUCUCAUGGUGAUGAUUGGGAUUUUCUCCUUCAUUGUUGUGACGAUCUUAGUGAGCACUGUGAAAUCAAAGAGACGAGAGCACUCUGAUGACCCUUAUCAUCAAUACAUUGUGGACGACUGGGGCAACAAGCUCAAAAACCAGACGCUGCUCCACCAUGACCAUAAAUGCACCAUCCAUGAAAAUACUGGUGCAAAGGAUCAAGCAAGCACCCAGACUGCUUGAUCUGUGCGAGAAAUGGCCAUUACCUGAAUAAAGUAGUA